CUUUUCUCCUGUGCAGGUUACGACAGAUACUACAAUAAAUACAUCAACGUCAAGAAAGGGGGCCUCGGUGGUAUCUCCAUGGUGCUUGCUGGUUAUGUUGUUGUCAGCUACAUCUGGAGCUACAGCCACCUGAAGCAUGACCGCCACAGGAAGUACCACUGAAGUGUGAAUUUCAGGAAGUGAAGGCACAGCUCUCUGAACAGCCUUGGCUACUGGAACGCUUAUCCCGACAGAAGACAUCGGAGCUAUUCAUAUGAAAAUCUGUACUGUUAUGACCAAUAAUAAAGUGCAUACACUUUACAUUGACCAAGCUGGCACUCUCAUAAAAGACUUGUUAAUGGUA